AGUAUGAAAUUUUGUUGUGCAAGGUAAGUUUAAUUUUUGAAUCUGGAGUGGCUCGAUUGGAAAAGCAGGGACACCUUUUUCAUUAUAACUUGUUUCAAAUGGCAGUUACAGAGAGGAUUACAUUACAAUGACGACCAUAGCUGCACCUGUAACUGAAACUGCAAAUGAAUCCCAUAAGAAGAACAGAAUUCAGGUUUCCAACACCAAGAAACCGCUUUUCUUUUACGUCAAUCUCGCCAAGAGAUACAUUCAGCAGCACAAUGAGGUUGAGCUUUCUGCUCUUGGAAUGGCUAUAGCUACAGUUGUCACGAUCGCCGAGAUUUUGAAGAACAAUGGACUUGCAACUGAGAAGAAAGUAUUGACAUCUACAGUUGGCAUGAAGGAUGAGAACAAAGGUCGGCUUGUGCAGAAGGCAAAGAUUGAAAUUACGCUGGGUAAGUCUGAGAAGUUUGACAAUAUGAUGGCUCCUGCUGACACCACCACACCUGAAUCAGAAGCAGCUACUGAUGACAAGAAAUGACAAACUUCAUAUAUCAUAAUAUGGGAUUAUUGUAGUUAUUAUUAUGUUUCAAUUUUGUUGUAAUUUUUGCAUUCAUGGACGUAAGUAAAUAGGGGAGUAGAAAAGGGUCGUGGAGUUCAGUGCAAUGAGAGGAUCAAAGUUGUAGGACACAAAAUUCCAUUAUAACUUUAGAUUGUAUUUCAUUACAGAACAUAUACAAUGAAUAUCACAUGACUAAUGAAUCUUAAGCUCGCCAAUUA